UGAACUGGCGGAUGUGUCUGAUCCUGAAGCGAGCCACGCAGAGGCAGGACCAAACUCCCGGCCACCUGCCCUCUUGGAUCUCACAAUUUCCACUCUCACAAAACAAAAAACUGCACGAACAAACAUCAUACAGUAUCUUAUCACCCGAUUCUGAUACCGCUACGAAGAUAGAUAAUCAAGAUGUGCAUCACCAGCCGCGAUACUAUGAUCCCCCCAAUGAUUUUCAUUCCAUCAUCUUGCGGUGGUACAUUUGAAGUUCGCACCAUGCCUGUCCUCCCAGAAGCUGAAGAGUUCGUGGACACUCGCUGGGACGAAGGAUCCGCCAGUAAGAAAGACUGCCCCGCAUGCGUCUACAAGAACGACCGAUGGGCAUGCACAGCAGAGUGCAACCCACUCCGAUUGCCCACUCGAAAAUCUUGCCCUCCCAAAGAUUCCGCAGCACUUCCUCCCAGACAACCCAUCCGGCGUCGUCGUUAAGCUGGCAAUCGGCUACCUAGCAUACCGGUACAGCCAAGCAUGAACAUUUUACAAAGCAACCUUUACUUUGACACUAUACAUACAGCAGCACCAAUUCUGCUCUCAACCUGAACAUAACCCACUCCACCACGCUACCGCACAUACUUAAAGCGUCGACGAUGUACUACUAUUACAGUAUUUUAGAACGAUUUACCAAAUAAAUCCACUUGCAUUUUCCACUACUAGUACACUAGCCAUUAGCUAAUACGAUACCAGCUUCUCUGCUC